AGAGGAAGUGUUUGUUUUUCCUACAACCAACGAACAACGGUCAUACAACCUACGUGGAUUUAGCAGACCUAUAGAAGAUGUGUUCAGCCGUCCUGUGUUAUGUUAAUACGCUAUUAAUGCUCUAGAGGUCGGUGAAAUCUGUGAGGGCAGCGAAACCACCGUUUGGAGAACCGAGCGGUCAACGCCGGGCUGCAACGUCACUGGCUACGUGUGAUUUUAGGGGAAAAUGGCAGAUAGAAAGAAUAAUAAUGCUGCCAACACCAGUGCAAAUUUACUGUUCAGCGGUGCUCCGGAGUUUAACUUCAAUCUGCCUUUCAUGCCAGUGAGUCAGGCCACUGGUCCAGCAGUGUUGUCAGGAGUUGAUUCCACUGAUGUUGGAGAAGAAGACAGCUUUCUAGGUCAGACCUCUGGGAAUGGGCCGGCCCCUUCUACGUUCAACUACUUCUCCAGCCCCGUAACCAGCAGUGACCCGUUCGCAGCCAUCGGCCAGUCGCCAUGCCCGCCGCCGGCCCCAUCAACGGGCCCGCCGUCUGUUCCCAGCAGUGUCGGCGUGGCUCCGCCACCCCCGCCGGGCUCCCAAAUGAACCAUCCUGCACCUCCAGCGUUCGGCAGUGCACUUUACCAGAGCCCUAUGGGGCGUCACACUCCUCCCCCCGCCACGAUGACCCCACCGCCUCCACAGAUGCAGCCACAGAGUCAUAACCCGUACCGGCACACCCCCACCAGCAGCAGAGCCCGGCCCUAUAUUCCAGCUCCAGAGGUCCUGCCACUAACACACACGCCUCAGCAGAAUCCGUAUGCUCUCAGCUCUCCGCCACAGACAUUCCCGCUGUCAGGAUCCACAUUCACAAAGCCUCCUCCCACACAGUUUCAAGAGCCUCCGCCUACAGCCACCACUGCCGGAGCGAUAGUCCCUGCUGGUCCCAUGAUGCCACACAAUUACAAUGUCUAUGAGGCUGUUCAGCCUCACUGGUUCUACUGCAAGCAAGUGGAGUCAAAGAGUGUCUGGCUUCCCUUCAGUCUCAUUGACUCUCUUCAGCUAGAGGAGACCUAUAACUCAGUUCAACCGGACCCAGAAAAUGUGAUCAUACGUACGGACGGAGGUCGGUACGACGUGCAGCUCUAUGACCGCAUGCGGACUGCGGUGUACUGGGAAGAGGAGCCCACGGAGGUCCGGCGCUGCAGCUGGUUCUACAAAGGGGACACGGAUAGUCGCUUCAUUCCGUACUCUGAGGAGUUUAGUGACAAGCUGGAGGCAGAAUAUAAGAAAGCCGUGUCUACCAACCAGUGGCACCGUAAACUGGAGUUCCCAUCAGGAGAGACCAUUGUCAUGCACAAUCCGAAGGUGAUCGUGCAGUUUCAGCCCUCCUCCAUGCCAGAUGAGUGGGGCACAACUCAGGACGGGCAGACCAGGCCCAGAGUGGUGAAGAGAGGGAUUGAUGAUGACCAUGAUGAAGUACCAGAUGGUGAGCUCGCAAAGGUGGAUCAUGUCGUGUUCAUGGUUCAUGGAAUCGGUCCCGUGUGUGACCUGAGGUUCCGGAGCAUGGUCGAGUGUGUGGACGACUUCCGCAGCGUGUCGCUGAAGCUGCUGCACAGUCACUUCCACAUACCGCUGGACGAGCACGCCAUCAGCAGGGUGGAGUUCCUCCCCGUCCAGUGGCACACGGCGCUACAUGGAGACGCCACAGGGGUGGACAGGAGGAUAAAGAAGAUUACGUUGCCCAGCACUGGGCGCUUACGUCACUUUACAAAUGAGACUUUGUUAGACGUGCUCUUCUACAACAGUCCCACUUACUGCCAGACCAUCAUGGACACAGUUGCCCAAGAGAUUAACAGAAUUUAUGCCCUGUUCAUGAUGAGGAACCCAGACUACAGAGGAAGCACAUCAGUGGCCGGACACAGCUUAGGCUCCUUGAUUCUCUUUGACCUGUUGUCAAAUCAGAAGACUGGCUCUUCUGCACUGGCCAUGCCAAUCCUACCCACUGCUAAUGGACACACCAAACAGGUGACACAGGGAACUAAUGCCGUCACCCCUCCAGCUGUGGAAGAGGAGCCCAAAGAAGACGGGGAGGAGUUUGAGGAUCUCUCCGCCAUGCUGGAACACCUGGGCUUGACCGAGUACAAGAACACCUUCGAUGAGGAGAAGAUUGACAUUGAAUCUUUUCUUAUGUGCACAAUCGAGGACCUGAAGGAGAUGGGGAUCCCGCUGGGUCCCAGGAAGAAGAUCGCCAAGUUUGUCAAAGAAAGAGUGAACAAGCAGGCCGCACGUCAAGCCGCCCGGGAGAAGAAGGCGGAGCUCAAAGAGGUCAGUCAGGUCGCGGCGCCGCCACCAGCAGCUGAAGCUCUUUCUGAUCCCUCUGUGAAGAAGCUUCCGGUGGGCAGCUCCAUCCACGUCGACUACAACUACUUUGAAGUUGGCACUGGGCAGGUGUCGGUGGUUUACCACGCUCUGGACUUUGAGCCGAUUAAUUUCUUCGCCUUGGGUUCGCCAAUCGGCAUGUUUCUGACAGUCCGGGGACUGGAGAAGAUCGAAGAGACGUACCAGCUGCCCACGUGCAAAGGAUUCUUCAAUAUUUACCAUCCGUUGGACCCAGUGGCCUACAGGAUUGAGCCCAUGAUACUACCAGACAUGGACUUCAAGCCUGUUCUGAUCCCGCACCACAAAGGGAGGAAGAGGCUUCAUCUCGAGCUGAAGGAGAGUCUCACCAGGAUGGGCUCCGACCUGAAGCACGGCUUUAUCAGCUCCCUCAGGAGCGCCUGGCAGACGCUCAACGACUUCGCUCGCGCUCACACCUCGUCUGCCCAGCUUCAGGCCGAGCUGGCCAUGGUAGCCAAUCAGAUCGAAGAAGAGGAGAAGCAGGCGCGGGAGGAUCAUAAGAUCCCAGAGAGCCCGGAGCCACUAAAGGAGGAGGAGCCUGAGGUGAAGGUGGGGAUGCUGAAUGGAGGGAAUCGCAUCGACUACGUGCUGCAGGAGAAGCCCAUCGAGAGUUUCAACGAGUACCUGUUUGCCCUCCAGAGUCAUCUCUGCUACUGGCAAUCUGAAGACACGGCUCUGCUUUUUCUCAAAGAGAUCUACAAGACCAUCGGGAUCCAUCCAGAACAGAUGGCGCACUAAUACCAUGAAGAGAAGCCCGUCUGAGACUUUGCUGUUCGGUUUAUUUCACGUCAGUUUACUUAGAUUUUAACUUUUCUAUUUUCUUUCUUUUAUUUUCUAUUCAUGUAGUUUAUUGUCUACAGAUGAAUAAUACAAUUGUAUUAUGCCAUUUGUCUUAAAUUAAGAAGCAUUACAAAUGAGCUUGUAGAUUUAAAGACGCGGGCAUGUUUGAUAUUACAUUUUGUAGUUUAAAUUAUAGAACUGAUCAAGUGUACUCGAUGUGUAUCAUCAAAGCAAAUGCAAACAGCAGAAAUGACUCAUCAGCAGUUAAUGCAGCCUUCUGUACGUUUUAUUUAAUGGCCAACAUUUUCAAAAUAAAUCAUUUCCUUGCACAUGUUCUUUGUUCGAAUGGUUGUGUAGUGCUGAGAGGAAGACGUGUAACAUUCCUCCUGCAGGGGCGAGGAAAACAUAUUGACAAAAAGCUGUAAUAUUAGCAAAACAUGAAUUAAAAAGAAUACAGGAUGAGAUGAAUAAGCUUUCAUUGUGAGGAGAAUAAAGCACUUCCUGCCUGCUCUAUGUCAGGUUUUGACAGCUGUUGUCAUUAACAUCACGCCUCUCUAACCUCAUGAGAUGGAAUAACAUUUCAUGUCAUUUCAAGCAGGUAGUCAUGUACAACUCACAAGAACAAAAAAAUAUUAGAAAAGUAUUUACAAGAGUACCUGUAACAUUCAAACUCAGUCCAGUAUUAGGAAUGAUAGCGUUGUGAGGACGAGUGUUAGUUAUUUAGACGGUCAUACUGGUCCACACAGACCUGAUAUCAUAGCGCUGCAUGCUAUAAGCUCAUCUUUGCUCCUGGCUCUUUAGUAAAUCAUGCUUCUCUGUUAAACCGGUCACUUAGAAGCCGUCUUCAGCAAAGGAAGAUCGAGUGACUCAUAAAACGCACAAAAUAAGUUCCCUUUUUUUAAACAAAUCGCCAGUCUGAAACAACCUAUAAAUAUAAUAUUAACAGAUCGACUCCAUACACAACCGCCAGUAACUGGAGUGGCAAAGACUGUAAUUUGCUUUGAUGCUCAACUUGUAGAAAUGUUCUGCUUGUGGGGUCAACUUGUGUUUUCUAACCUCCAUUUUAACAAAGUGCAACUUCGUCUUUUUCCUUUUGGCAACCGUAAAUAAAUAGUUGUAAAGUUGGACUUCUUA